AUGUACGAGGACAUCCGUGACAGAUGGUUGAGACAGCCCUUCAAGGACGUCCAUCCUCAGAAAGAGGAUGGGGGCCUCUGCGUGGGAGCGAAGCUCUGGAAAAAGAGCCCGAUGUGGGUCGAUGUGGCAAACUGGCAAGGUAAAAUGGGUCAGAGGUGUGUGCGCGAUGGACACACCACGCCACAGCACCGGGCUGCUGCUUAUGAAGCAAUUGCAGGUUGUAACCCUGAGGCCCUUCAAGGCUCCUGGUUCAAAUGGCUGUCGGAAGACUGUUGA